AUGUCUACCAAAGAUGAAGUGAAGCCUGUUGCACAUGUGAAACAUUUUAUGAGAGAGUUGCUGCUUGGGAGACAGGACCCUGAAGAAUUCUUCUGUCUGAGCUUGUCUUUGCUUGGACACCAGUACACCCAGGAGCAGUUUCUGGACUUGAUUGAGCCCCUAGCUGAGGGACAUGAGGAGCUGCAUGCCUGUCUUGUCACCAUCUUCCUGGAUUACUUUACCAAGGUACAGUCUGGUAAAGGCGUGGAGGAAGAGGAGCUAGAGCUGGCUCUAACCCUGUCCAUGCAGGAGAUGAGAGAGGGUGAGCUGGCAGCACAGGGGCCACUGUCACAUGUUCAAGAUUUGAGCUAUGCCCAGCGGGCAAUAAGAGGAGGGAAAGUAGUCCAAAGGAAUGGCAACUCUCAUUGCAGCAGGGCUCCUGUGCCCUGUGCCACGGAGCAGGCACAGACAGAGAGGUAUACAGAGGGACUUAUAGGGAAAAUAACUAAUUGUCAGAAUGAGAAUAUGUGUGUCACUGUCACAGAGGUGAUGUACCCACCACUGUCCAGAAGUGAUGAGGAUGUCCCAGUGGAAAUAAACUCAAGCCAAGAUGAGAAGUCAAAGAGGUCCAGGCGGAGGCGUCAGCGGAAGAGACAGCAGUUGGCCAUGUCUCUGUCCCCCUCCUCCCCUAGACCUGUCCUACUGUGGUUCAGAAGAGAUCUGCGAUUGAAUGAUAACCCAGCUUUAAUUAGCUCCUUGGAGGUGGGUGGGCCCGUGAUUCCAGUUUUUCUCUGGUGCCCUGAGGAGGAAGAGGGGCCUGGUGUGACUGUUGCAGUGGGCGGAGCUAGUAAAUACUGGCUUCAUCAUGCACUGCUGAGCCUCAACCAUUCCCUGGAAAGACUGGGCAGCCACCUUGUGACAGUAAAAGUAGAGACAUCUUCCCAGGAGGCCUUACAGAGACUGGUAGCAGACACCGGGGCAGGCACACUUCUGACCACCGCCCUGUACGAACCCUGGUUGAAAGAACGGGAUGACCUGGUGUUCACAGCCCUGCUGCGCCAGGGGGUGAAGUGCCAGUUCUACCACUCCUACUGCCUUAGGGAUCCGAACUCUGUCAGUACUGAGGGGGUGGGACUCAGAGGAAUUGGCUCAGUUUCCCACUUCAUGAGUUGCUGUCAGCAGAAUCCUGGGCCUGGGCUAGGUACACCUGUGGAUGCGCCUCUGUGCCUCCCAGUGCCCUCAGCCUGGCCACAGGGUUCUCACCUGUCUCAGCUGGGUCUGGCCAGGAUGCCACAAAGGAAAGACGGCACAGUAGUCGACUGGGCAACAAAUAUACGUAGUUCCUGGGACUUUAGUGAGGAGGGAGCCCAAGCACGCCUGCAAGCCUUCCUUCAAGAUGGUAUCUAUCGGUAUGAAAAGGAAUCCUGUCGAGCGGAUGUCCCCAACACCAGCUCUCUGUCCCCUUACCUGCACUAUGGGCAGAUCAGCCCUCGCUCACUGCUCUCUGGGUCUCGCAGUGCCAGAUGCAGGCCACCGAAGUUCCAGCGCAAGCUGGCAUGGAGGGACCUGGCAUACUGGCAGCUCACCCUCUUCCCUGACCUGCCCUGGGAGUCCUUGCGCCCUCCCUACAAGGCCCUGCGCUGGAGCACAGACCGUGCCCAUUUGAAGGCCUGGCAGAGGGGUAGGACAGGGUACCCUCUAGUGGAUGCAUCCAUGAGGCAGUUGUGGCUCACUGGAUGGAUGAACAACUACAUGCGGCACGUAGUGGCCUCCUUCCUCAUUGCCUACCUGCACCUUCCAUGGCAGGAGGGCUACCGCUGGUUCCAGGACACCUUGGUGGAUGCUGAUGUUGCCAUAGAUGCCAUGAUGUGGCAGAAUGGAGGGAUGUGUGGACUGGACCACUGGAAUUUUGUCAUGCACCCUGUCUCUGCUGCACUGACCUGUGACCCCUGUGGGUCCUUUGUUCGAAAAUGGUGUCCAGAGCUGGCAGAGCUUCCUGAUGAGUUCAUCCACAAGCCAUGGCAGUGCCCCACCUCCCUGCUGCGUCGAGCUGGAGUGGUGCUGGGUCAAAACUACCCUGACCGGAUUGUGACAGACUUGGAGGAGCGGCGUGCCCAGUCCCUGAAGGACGUGGCAGUGGUGCGGAAACAGUUUGGGCAGUAUGUGGAUAGGCACUCUGGGUGUGACCUGAUUCCCCUGCCAGACCGCCUGGUGAAAGAGGCCCUGGGCGGAGGGGACCUCAUGCAGAGUGGCAGUCGCUUCCUCCUGCCCGUCAUAACCCGAAUGGAGUUUAAGCACCAGGCACAUGACGCUGAUGCCAAGUCCAACCCCUUUGACGCAGUGCUGAAGGGCUAUGUGAGUCGUAAGAGGGAUGAAACCAUCGCCUUCCUGAACGAGCGGGACUUCACAGCCAGCGUCCUGAGCGAGAAUGCCCAGCGGAGGGACAGGCAAGAGCGGGACCAGCGUGCACUGGAGGGGCUGCCUCACCCCCCUGCUACCCGCAGUAGGGCCAGGAGAACCCCCAGCAAAGAUGUCUUCUCUGUGGUACCAGCAGGAGUCACUGCCCUACACAAGUGAUAAAGACUUCUCA